UGCCGGGGCCGCGCUGCGUAGGAGCAUCUUCGCGUUGCACCGACACCUCCCGGCCGCGGCAGUAGGGCGAGGGCGUGCGAUCCGAGCCGGUGAGGGCAUCACAAGGGAGCUCUAGAGGUGGCUGCUUAGGAUAAAUACCUGGAGCCCCCAGCUGCCUGCAGAGGAGACAAAUGGAGCUCAAGAUGGGAAGGAAGUGUUCCUUGAGAGCCGUGCCUUUAAAAGGUCCAGACGCGGAUAUUACGUACUGUAUGUGCCCCGGAUUCCUGAGAGGGAGGACGCUUGUACAGCUGUGAAGCCUACAUUGAGAGUGUCCUGCAGUUUCCUCAUCGGUAGUGGACAAGCCCAAUCAGGAUUGCCUGCCUUGUGGGCUGAGGCCAGAGUCCCCCAGAAAGAGGUGCUGAAGUCAUCAUGCUGCAGCGGCUCCUGAUCACCCUGCCCGCCGAGGCCGGCACCUGGGUGAAGCUGCACCGUUCAAGGAAGGCCAAGGAGGGGGCGCCCUUGUGGGAGGACGUGACUAAGAUGUUUGAAGGAGAAGCUCUGCUCCCUCAAGAUGCUGAUGAGACCCCGGGAGAACGUUUUGAGAAUGAAGUGAUCCCUGUCCCCCUGACAUCAGAAUCCCAGGAACUGUUGACCUUCAAGGACAUAUCUGUGGACUUCACCCAGGAGGAGUGGGGGCAGUUGGCCCCUGCCCACCGGAAUCUCUACCGGGAGGUGAUGCUGGAGAACUACGGGAACCUGGUCUCAGUGGGAUACCAGCUUUCCAAACCUGGUGUGAUUUCCCAGUUGGAGAAAGGAGAAGAACCGUGGCUGAUCGAGAGAGAUGUUUCAGGAGGUCCAAGUUCAGACUUGGAGAGUAAAACAGAAUGCAAAGAGUCAACCUUAACAAAUGGUAUUUUGGGGAAAGAAUUACCCCAUGGCCUGAUAAUGGGAAGGCCCACAAGAAGGGGGACCUUGUAUUCCACAUGUGGAAGAGUCUCCAGAUGUGAUACAUUUGAAAGCCAAGGAAUGGGUGAGGGGCAGAUCCCCUUGAUCCACAAGAAAAUGCUCACUCUGGGGAGAGGCCGAGAAUCUAACAGAUUUGAGAAAAGUAUCAACGUGAGCUCAAAAGUUAUUCCAGGCCCAGUAGGUCCUCCAAGAAAAAGAGACCAUAAAUAUGACAAACCUAGAAGGAGAAAUAGAUACAAUUUAGAUUUGAUUAAUCAUCCAAGGAGUUGUACAAGAAUGAAAACCUUUGAAUGUAAUAUUUGUGAAAAAAUCUUCAAGCAGCUCAUUCACCUUACUGAACACAUGAGAAUUCAUACUGGAGAGAAACCUUUCAGAUGUAAAGAAUGCGGAAAGGCCUUUAGCCAAAGUUCAUCCCUUAUUCCACAUCAGAGAAUCCAUACUGGUGAGAAACCCUAUGAAUGUAAGGAAUGUGGGAAAACCUUCAGACAUCCAUCAUCUCUUACUCAACACGUGAGAAUUCAUACUGGGGAGAAGCCCUAUGAAUGUGGUGUGUGCGAAAAAGCCUUCAGCCAGAGCAUUGGGCUGAUCCAGCACCUGAGAACUCAUGUUAGAGAGAAACCUUUUACAUGCAAAGACUGCGGAAGAGCGUUUUUCCAGAUUAGACACCUCCGGCAACAUGAGAUUAUUCAUACUGGUGUGAAACCCUAUAUUUGUAAUGUAUGCAGUAAAACCUUCAGCCACAGCACAUACCUAACUCAACACCAGAGAACUCAUACUGGGGAAAGACCAUAUAAAUGUAAGGAAUGUGGGAAAGCCUUUAGCCAGAGAAUACAUCUUUCUAUUCACCAGCGAGUACACACUGGAGUGAAACCUUAUGAAUGCAAUCAUUGUGGGAAAGCCUUUAGGCAUGAUUCAUCCUUUGCUAAACAUCAGAGAAUUCAUACUGGAGAAAAACCGUAUGAUUGUAACGAGUGUGGAAAAGCCUUCAGCUGUAGUUCAUCACUUAUUAGACAUUGCAAAACACAUUUAAGAAAUACCUUCAGCAAUGAUACUGCAAAAAGCGGGCGGGCCCCUUGGCGGCCCUCGUGGGCGGAGCCGGCAGCGGGGCGGGCAGAGCCCGCCGGAAGACGCGCGGGCGCGGGGCCGGGUGGCAGCGCGGCAGCGUGGGUGGGCCGCACCCGGGAUCCCACAGGGGCUGGCGUGAGGGCGUCCCGCGGCGCUGGUCACCGCGGGGGCGCGUCGAGAGGCAGAGGCUCGGGGGGACGCCGGGCUGCGGCCGAAAACACAGAGCACUGGAGUGCACUUGACCGCUGCCGCCGCCCCGGCUUUGAAGCCGCAGGCGGCGAGGUGUAUCCUCGCCCGGCUGUGCGGGAAAGUGCUGGCGGUUUCCUCACCAGAAGUGAACAACCCAGUUGGGCGGGCAUCACCAUGCUGCAGCGGCUCCUGAUCACCCUGCCCGCCGAGGCCGGCACCUGGGUGAAGCUGCAGCAUCCAAGGAAGGCCAAGGAGGGGGCGCCCCUGUGGGAGGACGUGACUAAGAUGUUUGAAGGAGAAGCUCUGCUAUCUCAGGAUGCUGGUGAGACCCAGGGAGAACGUUUAAAGGAUGAAGUGACCUCUGGGGCCAUGACAGCAGAAUCCCAGGAACAGUUGACCUUCCAGGACAUAUAUGUGGACUUCACCCAGGAGGAGUGGGGACAGCUGGCUCCUGCCCACCAGAACCUGUACCGGGAGGUGAUGCUGGAGAACUAUGGGAACUUGGUCUCAGUGGCAGGGUAUCAACUUUCCAAACCUAGGGUGAUUUCCCAGUUGGAGAAAGGAGAAGACCCAUGGAUAACAGAGAAAGAAGAGCCAGGACGUCCCAGUUCAGACUUGAAGAGUAAAACAGAAAUCAAUAUAGCAACUGCAAAGAAUGCCAUUUUACAGGAAGAGUUAUAUCAUGGCAUUAUGAUGGAAAGGUUCAUGAGGGAUGAUGUCAUUUAUUCCAGAUUGAGAAAAGUCUCCAAGUAUGAUGAUGAGUUAGAAAGGCAUCAGGAUAUCCAUGGAAGAGAUGUAAGACAAGCCAUUUUGACUCAGAAGAAGAGAGGCCAAGAAAGUAAAAACCUUGGGGAAAAUAUUGUGAGUGCAAAUGUUACUAUAGAACAGAGGCACCGUAAAUAUGACACACUUAGAAAGAGGAACAAAUGCAAAUUAGAUUUGAUGGAUGAUCCAAUGAGUUACAUAAGAACAAAAACCUAUGAAUGUAACAUAUGUGAAAAAAUCUUCAAACAACCCAUUCAUCUUACUGAACACAUGAGAAUUCAUACUGGUGAGAAACCUUUCAGAUGUAAGGAAUGUGGAAGGGCCUUUAGUCAAAGUGCAUCCCUUAACACCCACCAGAGAAUCCAUACUGGUGAGAAACCCUUUGAAUGUGAAGAAUGUGGCAAAGCCUUCAGACAUCGCUCAUCUCUUAAUCAGCAUCACAGAACUCACACUGGGGAGAAACCCUAUGUAUGUGAUAAAUGUCAGAAAGCUUUCAGCCAGAACAUUAGCUUGAUCCAACAUUUGAGAACUCAUUCUGGAGAGAAGCCCUUUACAUGCAAUGAAUGUGGGAAAACCUUUCGACAGAUUAGACACCUUAGUGAACAUGUAAGAAUUCAUACUGGGGAGAAGCCCUAUGCUUGCAGUGCAUGUUGUAAAACCUUUAGUCACAGAGCUUAUCUAACACAUCACCAGAGAAUCCAUACUGGGGAGAGACCCUACAAAUGUAAGGAAUGUGGGAAAGCCUUUAGGCAGAGGAUACACCUUAGCAACCAUAAAACUGUUCAUACAGGAGUGAAAGCAUAUGAAUGCAACCGCUGUGGAAAAGCCUAUAGGCAUGAUUCAUCCUUUAAGAAACAUCAGAGGCAUCACACUGGAGAAAAACCUUAUGAAUGUAAUGAAUGUGGGAAAGCCUUCAGCUAUAAUUCAUCGCUUACUCGACAUCAUGAAAUACACAGGAGGAAUGCCUUCCUAAAUAAUGUGUAAAAACUGAUUAUCCAACAUGAGAACAAAAGCCAAAUCUAAAUCAGUGAUUCUAUACUUUUAAGUUUUAGGACUCUUGAGUUAUUGAUAUAAUGAUGCCAACUUUUAAUUUUGCCCAUUGUGUAAAUAAACACUACGUCGAUAAUUACAAUCCACUAAUACCUCCAUACAAAGUACUUAAGAAUAAAGGAUGAUCCUUCAUAUUAAAUUCAGCAAUAUGGAAAAUUAACACAUUAUUUUUCUGAUUUCAUGAUGAAUUAAUAAAUUAUUUUUCAUGGGCAUUCAUUGAGUAACAGCAUUUGGGAACUACUGUUUAAAAUGUCACCACCCCCAUUUUUUAAAUUAAAAUUUUAUUUUUUUAAUGGGGAAAACUUUUAUUGGUACAAAGUUCCAAAGGCACAGAGAAUUGUAUAAGGAAAAGUCUCCUUCCUCCAUCCCCCACCACCAAAUUAUACCUAGA